GUUAGUAACAGACCAUAAGCAACAACAGCCAUGGCCGUACAGAAAUCUCUCUCUCUUGCUUUUCUUCUUUUAUUAUUAGAAUUUCUUUCUUCCAAUGCCUUCACAACAGCACCAGCAUCCACACUCGGAGAAGCAGAGGCUCUCUUGGAAUGGAAAGCCAGCAUCUUCUCACCACAAGCUCUCCAUUCAUGGUCACUUCCAUCUGCUAAUUCUAGUGCCAACACAAUCUUUCCAUGCAAAUGGUAUGGGAUCUCCUGCAACGGCCUUGGAAAUGUAAUUGAGAUAAGCUUACCGAGUGCAGGCUUACAAGGUAAGCUUCAUAACUUGAGCUUCUCGUCAUUUCCAAACCUCCUCCGUCUCAAUCUCAGUGACAACACACUCACUGGAACCAUCCCAGCUGAUAUUGGCACUCUUUCCAGACUUGUCUCCCUCGAUAUCUCAAUGAAUAAUCUCUCUGGAGUUCUACCUCUUUCAAUGGCUAACCUUUCUCACCUUUCAGAGCUCGACAUCUCAUCUAAUGAAAUAAGAGGCGAACUAGCUCCAAGUUUCUUCACCAACUGGACCAAACUCAUCUCCCUUCAGUUCCAGAACAAUCAACUCACUGGGAAAAUUCCAUCUCAAAUCGGCCUGUGUAAACAUCUCCAGAUCCUACGACUUUGGGGAAAUAAAAUCAGUGGUUCAAUACCUCUAGAAAUAGGGAAUCUGCAGAGUCUUACUAGGUUAAAUUUAUGCAGAAAUCAUCUUAGUGGGCCUAUUCCUCCAUCUUUAGGUGACUUGACCAGGCUGACAAUCCUCUACCUAUUUGAAAAUCAAAUUUCUGGUUCAAUUCCUGCACAAUUAGGGAAUUUGAUAAAUCUCAAUGAGCUGGACCUGGCCCCUAACCUUCUAACUGGUUCCCUCCCUUUCACAUUAGGAAACCUGACAAAGCUUACAUACCUGAAUCUCUCUGCAAAUCAUAUUUCUGGCUCCAUUCCUCUGCAGAUGGGAAAUCUUAUGAAUCUGAAUAUGCUAGACUUGUCCAUAAACCAUCUGGAUGGUUCCAUUCCUUCAACGUUAGGGAACUUGACAAAACUCACCAUCUUGUACCUUGAUCAAAAUCGAAUCUCUGGCUUCAUUCCUCCACAGAUUGGGAAUCUACAAGAUCUGGUUGUGAUGACAUUGUUCCAAAACAAUUUGACUGGUCCAAUCCCUCCUGCUUUAGGUAAUUUGAGAAACCUUACAAUUUUGUACCUCUACAGCAAUCAAAUUUCUUGUUCAAUUCCUGCACAAUUAGGAAAUCUCAAGAAUUUGGUCAAGUUGUCACUGCAGAAUAACAAUCUGACAGGUCCAAUCCCUCCCGCUUUAGGUAAUUUGACAAACCUUACAGUUUGGUACCUCGACAGCAAUCAAAUUUCUGGUUCAAUUCCAGCACACUUAGGAAAUCUCAAGAAUUUGGUCAAGUUGUCACUGCAGAAUAACAAUCUGACAGGUCCAAUCCCUCCUGCUUUAGGUAAUUUGACAAACCUUACAGUUUUUUACCUCUACAGCAAUCAAAUUUCUGGUUCAAUUCCUGCACAAUUAGGAAAUCUCAAGAAUUUGGUCAAGUUGUCACUGCAGAAUAACAAUCUGACAGGUCCAAUCCCUCCUGCUUUAGGUAAUUUGACAAACCUUACAGUUUGGUACCUCCACAGCAAUCAAAUUUCUGGUUCAAUUCCUGCACAAUUAGGAAAUCUCAAGAAUUUGGUUAAGUUGGACUUGUCGAACAACAGUCUGACAGGUCCAAUCCCUCCUGCUUUAGGUAAUUUGAGAAACCUUACACUUUUGUACCUCCACAGCAAUCAAAUUUCUGGUUCAAUUCCACCAGAAGUUGGGAAUUUAAUGAAUCUGAACGAUCUUGAACUGUCAGACAACCUUCUAACAGGUUCUAUUCCUUCCACUUUAGGGAACUUGACAAAACUGAUGGAACUCCAACUCCAAAGAAAUCAAAUUUCUGGUUCAAUUCCUCUAGAAAUUGGGAAUUUGGUAAAUCUCAAUGGGCUUGCACUUGCUAAUAACCUUCUAACAGGUUCUAUCCCUUCCUCUUUAGGAAACUUUACCAAGCUUGAACGCUUCACUGCAUUUGACAACCAUUUAAAUGGUGAGAUCCCAAAAAGCUUUAGAAAUUGCACCAGGUUAACUAGAGUUCGACUAGAGAGAAACCAGCUCAUUGCAAAUGUAUCAGAAGUCUUUGGUGUGUACCCACAUCUCUAUUUCAUGGAUGUCAGCAACAACAGGUUGUUUGGUGAACUCUCACCGAACUGGGGAGAAUGCCGAAAUUUGACAAGGCUACAGUUAUCUGGGAACAGGAUCACUGGUAGAAUUCCUCCCGAGAUUGGGCAGUUGAAGCAGCUACGAGUACUUGGCCUUUCUUCAAACCAUCUAGAAGGAGAGGUUCCGAAGGAAUUUGAGAGGCUAACUUCUUUGUUCAACUUGAGUUUAAAUGAUAACCAACUUUCAGGUCAGGUACCAAAAGAGAUUGGAAAACUCUCCAAUUUGGAGGUUCUUGACUUGUCAAUGAAUCGUCUAAGUGGUCCAAUACCACCUCAAUUAGGGGAUUGCUCCAAACUCCGAUAUAUGAAAUUGAGCGAAAAUGAUUUGAAUGGAAGCAUUCCAUUUCAAAUUGGUAACCUGGUAUACUUACAGGAUUUACUAGAUCUCAGUCAUAACUCGCUCAAUGGAGAGAUAUCACCACAACUUGGGAAAUUGCAUGUGCUGGAAAAGUUAAACCUCUCCCACAACAUGUUGUCGGGCUCCAUUCCACCUUCUUUUGAAGCAUUGUUCAGCUUGCAAUCUAUUGAUUUUUCAUACAAUGCUUUGGAAGGUCCUCUUCCCAACAGUAGAAGCUUUCAGAAGGCUCCUGUAAUAGCAUUCAUAAAAAACAAAGGUUUAUGUGGUGAAAUGCAAGGUUUGAGACCCUGCAACGCCCCUUCAAUAAGGCAUGGUGAUGCAAGAAAAGGCCACCAAGUCGUCAUUUUCAUUGUUCUUCCUCUCUUGGCAGCUUUGUUUCUUUUAUUUAUGGUCGUCGGCGUUUCUUCCAUUUAUUACCGAAGACGAAGAAAUAAAGAGAAGGUUCUUGAAAGGAGCAGCAAAAAUCCAUUUUCAAUAUGGAAUUAUGAUGGGAUUGAUGCAUUUGAACAGAUCGUGGAAGCGACAGAGGGUUUCGACGACAAAUACUGCAUUGGAAUUGGAGGGUAUGGAAAAGUUUACAAAGCAAAUCUACCAUCAGGCCAAGUAGUAGCUGUGAAGAAACUUCACCCACUCGAAGGUGGCGAUCAAUCUGAUCAAGGAAAUUUUAGAAAUGAGAUUCGAGUAUUAACAGAAAUCCGCCAUCGCAAUAUCGUGAAACUUUAUGGUUUUUGUUACCAUGCUCAAUUCUCAUUUCUAGUCUAUGAGUACAUGGAAAGGGGAAGCUUAGCUAGUAUUCUAAGUAACGACGGAGGAGCUGCAGAGUUGGACUGGACUCUAAGGGUGAAGGUUAUUAAAGGUGUGGCCCAUGCAUUAUCUUACAUGCACCAUGAUUGCACCCAGCCAAUUGUCCAUCGAGACCUAUCAAGCAACAAUGUUUUGCUGAAUUCAGAACUUGAGGCCUGUGUCUCUGACUUCGGCACUGCAAGAUUAUUGGUACCUGAUUCGUCCAAUUGGACUACGCUUACAGGCACUUGUGGAUACAUCGCUCCAGAGCUUGCAUUUACAAUGAGGGUGACUGAAAAAUGCGACGUAUAUAGCUUUGGUGUUGUGGCACUUGAAGUGAUGAUGGGAAGGCAUCCUGGAGAGCUCGUCUCGUCUUUGUCAUCACCAAGUAAACAUGAUACACUCCUAAAGGAUAUGUUGGACCAACGUCUCUUGGAUCCAACGGCUGAGAUUGCACAGGAAGUCUUAUUUGUGGUGUCCAUGGCACUUUCAUGCAUUCGACUAGAUCCAAACUCUCGGCCAACCAUGCACUACGUGGCUCAAGAGUUAUCUAUUAGUCGGCCUUCCUUCUCUCUAGGACCAUUCCACGCACUUACAUUAUGUCAACUGAUGGAUCUCAAGAUAACUGGAGUGUGAAGGCUAUUAGGAGGAAGACAACCGGAACAGGAAGGAUGAGGUAUUUACGUCAUGUGCCUCGAAGGUUCAAGAGCAAUUUCAGAGAAGUUGCAUUUUCCAGCUCAAGCAGGAGGAUUUCUGUUGACCCUUUCGAUAGACCUAAUGCCAAAGAAAUCAAAAAGAGCAAAAAUAUGUUUGCUGGUCUUAUGUUGAAUGUUCACGGUCUUGGUACCUUCAGUGACAGUUAGUGUCUUACCUAAUAUUUUUAGAAUUGAGUUUUUUCCUUUUUUUCUUUUGUAACUAGAUGCAUCAUCUUUAAUUUCGCUACUCUAAAUCAUGGGUUUAGGGCCUGCAAGAUGUUGCAAAUUGUAUGAAAUUUAACCAGUUGUCGCUUUUCUUCUUUUUGUCAGCAUUACAUACUUUUUAUAUACCUAAUGCAUUUACAACUGAU